CAGCAUAAAGCCGCUGUGUUUUUUUCCCGGCUGAUCUUGUGACUUCACUGUAUCCCUCAACAUGGUCAGGGUUCAGGAAUUUACACUAAUACUGUUGACACUAAGUGUCUGCCAUGGGCGGCAGAACAACUUCAUCGACGAAGAGUUUGAGCCCGUUGUACAGGAUUCAAAAUACGGCUCCCUGUGGCCUCUGCCACAAAAAGUGUUUAUUUCACCGGUUUCCUUAAAGUUGAGCGUUCCCAGCUUCAAAAUUACCGAUGCGAAAGACUCCUCGGCUGGUCCAGGCUGCAGCCUCCUUCACAGCGCCUACAGAAGGUAUUAUGAAUACAUGUUUGGAGGGGCUAAAAAACUGAAGUUCAACAAAAGCAGUAGAACAGAUCCUUCAGGCCUAAUGGAGCUUCAGGUGUGGAUCACAUCACCUGACUCUGAAUGUGACGGCUAUCCCAGUGUCACCUCUGAUGAGUCAUACGAGCUGACAGUGGAUCAACCAUAUGCUGUCCUGAAAGCCCCGAAGGUCUGGGGAGCUCUGCACGGUCUUGAGACUUUUAGCCAGUUGGUGUAUGAAGAUGAAUAUGGAGCCAAAAGCAUCAACACAACCACCAUCAGUGAUUUCCCAAGAUUUGCACACCGAGGCGUCUUGCUGGACAGCGCGCGGCAUUUCCUCCCCAUCAAAGUCAUCUUGGCUAAUCUGGAAACAAUGGCGAUGAACAAAUUCAAUGUCUUCCACUGGCACAUUGUGGAUGAUCAGUCCUUCCCAUACCUGAGCCGAACGUUCCCACAGCUGAGCCAGCAGGGAGCGUAUCACCCAUACACACACGUGUACACGCCUGCUGAUGUGAAAAUGGUGAUCGAGUUUGCUCGCUUGAGAGGCAUUCGAGUCAUUCCAGAGUUUGACACUCCGGGACACACACAGUCUUGGGGAAAGGGCCAGGCAGAUCUGCUCACGCCCUGUUACUCAGGCUCCCAGCUCUCGGGCAGCUUUGGACCUGUGAACCCGAUCCUGAACACCACGUACGACUUCAUGAAUCAGUUCUUCAAAGAGAUCAGCACCGUGUUUCCUGACAGCUACAUUCACCUGGGAGGUGAUGAGGUGGACUUCACGUGCUGGAAGUCCAACCCUGAUAUUCAGAAGUUCAUGGAUCAGCAAGGUUUUGGAAAGGACUACAGCAAACUGGAGUCCUUCUACAUCCAGAGACUCUUGGAUAUCGUCACUACUACUAAGAAGGGUUACACUGUCUGGCAGGAGGUCUUUGACAACGAUGUUAAGCUGAAACCAGACACAAUUAUCCACGUUUGGAAGGGAAACCAGGAGCAAUACCAGAACGAGAUGGCAAAUAUUACAUCAGCAGGGUACCAGACCCUACUGUCCUCUCCCUGGUACCUGAACCGUAUCUCCUAUGGCCAGGACUGGCCGGGCAUUUACAAGGCUGACCCGCAAGAUUUUAAGGGAACUGAAGAACAGAAGAAGCUUGUGAUUGGUGGAGAAGCUUGUUUGUGGGGAGAAUAUGUGGAUGCUACUAACCUUACACCCAGACUCUGGCCUCGUGCUAGCGCUGUGGCAGAGCGGCUGUGGAGCGCCAAAGAUGUGACUGACAUCAAUGACGCUUUCAACAGACUGUCUGCGCACCGCUGUCGUAUGGUGAAGCGUGGAAUACCAGCUGAGCCACUGUUUUCCAGUUACUGUCCAAAUGAGUACAAAGGUAUCUGAAAAGGACAGAGAGGGUGGCCUGGCAACAGAUAAUGGAAAGGGAAACAAAUCAUCACACAAUCAUCUUUACAACAGAAAUCACAUGCUGUGCUGCCUUUUUAAAGACAUCACUAUCACUGAGCUGACUCACAUUGCUCUUUAGAGCUCUUGAUCCCAUUUUAUGUCAGACAUCUUGAUUUUUUUUGAUUGCACUGUCUUUUUUAUGAAUGUUUCUAUAACUGUCAAUAAAAUGUUGGCAUGGA